GAAGAAGUCAACACAAAGUUAGAGGUUAAGUUCGGAAUGGAGUAACUCCGAAAAAGGUUUAGUUUAUUAAUGAUUAAUUAUAUUUAAAAAAAGUUAUAAGGACACAUCCUACUGGUAAAUAUAAUCUCUCAAAAUGGCAUUUUCUGUCCUAAAAAAUAUAAUUCGACCAACUCGAUGUUCUCAGUUAAAUAAAAUUUGUUCGAGAUGUUAUAGUUUAUGGGUACCAGAUUAUUUAGAGGCCUUGAGACCCAAAAUUCCACUUUAUCCAACUUUAAAUAUUCAAAUUAGGGGUUAUGAUUAUCCUAUUGUGGAAAAAUUUCAAGGAUUUAUCCACGAUUUGGUGACGGAAAUGGACAUGGAUGUUGAACACAGGUUAUUAUAA